UUGUCGACUCGCAACAGCGCGGCGGCGGCGGCGGCAACGGUAUGUCAACGGCGAUCACGACGACGUUUCUGUCAGCGCUCUUGGCGAAUUAUUACCGGCGUUUCAGUGGCGACUACUUAAUUCGAGAACGUUGUUAACAAUUGACGGGCCAAGAUGAACGCACCGCCCACCUUCGAGUCAUUCUUGUUGUACGAGGGAGAGAAAAAAAUAAUAAAGGAGCAGGACACCAAAGUGCCGAACGCCGCGAUCUUUACGAUCAACAAGGAGGAUCACACGCUGGGAAACAUGAUUCGCAACCAAUUGUUGAAGGAUCCUCAAGUGUUAUUCGCCGGCUACAAGGUCCCCCAUCCCCUGGAACAUAAAUUCGUCAUUAGAAUACAGACAACGUCCGAUUAUACUCCACACGAGGCAUUUAUGCACGCCAUCACCGAUUUGAUCGCGGAGCUCUCGUUGUUCGAGGAACGUUUCAAAGAGGCAAUCAAGGAGAAGAAAGAAGGUUUGGAUUAAACGACAGCCAGUACAUUUCAUAAUUUGCUCUAUUUUCUUACAUCUAGAAUUUUAUUUAGUCUAUUGAAGUAUGCAUAUUGGAUGUUGGAUAUCUGACAAACACAGUCGUGUAAAUAGUUACGUUGUGAAAUAUUUGAUCGAAUCGAAUUCGGAUGUUGACAGAACGCGUGAAUGAUUAGACCAAAUGUCGUUCUGCCCUGCACUUUGAGCAGAUACUUGUAAAUAUUUAAACUACUAAUGUUUAUGUAACAAACAAAUCAACGUGUAUUAAGUUAUACUCUAUACCUUUUAUCAAUUAAAUUCGUAUGUAUGUCGGAA